GAAUCCUCCUCUCCCCUCACAAGCAAAGCAAAUUAGGUUAAAUUAGAUAGUAGCAGCAGCCGCGAGAGGGAGAAGCAGGACCAGCACCAGUCGCCAUGGGUAUCGAUUUGGUCGCCGGAGGCAAGAGCAAGAAGUCCAAGCGCACCGCCCCCAAGUCCGACGAUAUCUACCUUAAGCUUCUCGUCAAGCUUUACCGGUUUCUCGUUCGGAGGACUGGGAGCAACUUCAAUGCGGUUGUUCUGAAGCGGCUCUUCAUGAGCAAGGUCAACAAGCCCCCGCUUUCUCUCUCCAGAUUGAUCCGUUUCAUGAAGGGCAAGGAAGACAAGGUUGCUGUGGUUGUUGGGACUGUGACGGACGACAUUAGGGUAUAUGAAGUUCCUGCUCUGAAAGUGACUGCUCUCAGGUUCACAGAGACUGCCAGAGCCAGGAUUGAGAAGGCCGGUGGAGAAUGCUUGACGUUUGACCAGCUCGCUCUCAGAGCUCCUCUUGGCCAGAAUACGGUCCUCCUCAGGGGUCCGAAGAAUGCUCGUGAGGCUGUCAAGCACUUUGGUCCCGCACCUGGUGUGCCACACAGCCACACCAAACCCUAUGUGCGAUCAAAGGGUAGGAAAUUUGAGAGGGCUAGAGGUAAAAGGAACAGCAGAGGUUUCAGAGUUUGAGUUGUCGAAGCUAUUCAUACAUUACAAAUGGAUCCAUCCGAACUUUAUUAAUGGAUCUCUUUGCCCACUUGCAGUUAUGGUUCCUUUUAUUUUAGUUUUUUCCCAUGCUUAUGGAGGAACAAUCAUGUUUCUUGUAGCAGUUUUCAUUUAUAUCACUCCUUAUGGAUAGUUUUGUUUUGAGAAUUUAUUUAAAGAGGGAUUUUAUUUGUCUA